GACGCGUCUCUCGAUCAAAAGCGUGUCUGAAAUCCCAGUGGACGAAGCCAAAACCCUCGAUACCCCCAAAAACCUCAAAAUCUCCCAAGCAAAACCCCUCUAGUGCUUAAUUCCCCCCCGAAAACCCUCCAACGACUGCCUCCACGUUGUCCCAUCACCUUCCCAGUGUUACAUUCUCUUUAUUCAAUGGGCAAGUCAUGAAUUGGCAGACGGUGUGUAGAAAGUCGUUCGAAACAUGCUGAGACCACGAAAAUGUACAAGAGCCCAUUUGGGAUACGCGCCAUCUGUAUAGUGAGCCACCUAAUUCCUCUAUUUCACAUCUAUGGGCUUGAUACGUGAUCAAAGAUACUUUUUUUCAAAAUAACAGACAUGUUUUGGGUCACACGCGAAAAUCAAAAGCGACGAUUGAGGCCCUGAUUACGAGGGAUUUCGGAAAAUACCCCGGGGUUCGGGGGGUUUUUUCUCCAGUUGUGAUAACGUACGAGUGGUUUGAAUUAACCCCAUUCGCCGAGGAACAUGAGUGACCAAACUGGGACUACGAUAUUUAUUGGUGACAAGAAUAAUGAAAAUUCGAGGGAGGAGACUGGGAAAUGUGUGAUUUAUUCCUUCGAUGAUAAUGUAGAAAUUGGCGGGGCUAAGGGGGAAGCGAGGAGGAGUAAGGAGGACUGUGGAAAUAUUUUUGGAGAUGCCAUGCCAGCGGUGAAGUACACCUACAAGCGUUCAGCGCCAGUUUCCGCCUCAUCUCCCCCAGCCAAAGUUGAACACAACUACAGCGACACGCAGCCCUCCACGGGUAAGCCCCCGCCGCAAGUGAAAACCCUGAACGACCUGAAGAGAGUCACCCCCAAGGUGAGGCUCUUCCCCCCAGAGGUAAAAUCCCUGAACGAGCUCUCGAAGCCCUCGCAGGGCCCACCCGACACCAGAGAGCAGCUCAGGAACUACUGCCGCACCUGUGCAGGCUUGAAGAUCCCCCUGGUCGACAUCUUCGGGGAGAAGGGCCUCCAGAUGCGCCUGAAUCAGCAGAUGAAGCACCUGGAGGAGAUCAACCAGCACGACGGCCUCUCCACCCAGAUGUGCAUGGACUGCAUCUGCGACCUGAAGAUGAGCUACAAAUUCUUCAUGCAGAUAAAGAAGGCGCAGAUCAAGCUCAAGUCCCUGGUGAGCAUCCCCGUGAGUGAAGAGAAGUCGAGGAUCAUAACAAUUCCUGACAGUCCAAAGAAGAAGAUUCCAGUUGAACCAAUCAAAAUUCAACUAAUCAAGCCAGUUGAGGCAACUAAACCAGUCAGUGAACCUGUUCAAUUACCCAGUGAUCCACCUGUCGAGGUACCGAAGGAUCCACCUGCUGAGGUACCUAAGGAUCCCCCUGCUGAGGUACCUAAGGAUCCCCCUGCUGAGGUACCUAAGGAUCCCCCUGCUGAGGUACCUAAAGAUCCCCCUGUUGAGGUACCCACUGAUCCACCAACUCCUCCAGGCCCUGCCUCCCCUGCCCCAGCCUCUGACAACGAAUCCCUCGAGGAAUUCGACCCCGAGGACUCCUCCAUGGACAACGACCUCCUGGAGCCGCCCGAGGAAGCCCCAGAGGAAUCCGAAGCCCCAAGGAGCCCUGAACCACCUCGAAAGCCUCCAACACCAGGCCCCCUUAAACCCCAGUCAAAGUGCGAGACAGUAUACCAAUACGACACAGCUCUGAACACGUACAUAAAAGUAGAGUCUCCCUCCCUGCCGCCAGCAGCUGACCUCGAGGAGCUAGAAGACCAAAAGAAAAAAUCGAUAAAGAGCGAGGAGAGGGACUCAGACCCCUCCAAGAAGGUUUUGAAGAGAAAAGCCAGUUCAGGGAGGGAUUCACUGGACUCGCAAAGCAACUCGGAGUCGGAUUCCCUGAAGAAAACCGUCAAGGAUCCAAAGCUGCAGAAGUUGAUGGGAAGCCCCCUGAACGUGUCCCCCUCGGGUGAAGACGGCGUAAUGUACGUGACUGUGAAGGGACCAAAGCCCAACGAACUUCUUCUCGUUAAAGUCAAGAAGAUGGAGAAGAAUGGCGACAAAAAGGAAGAGAGCAAACCGAUAAUUCUGAAGAAGCCCCUGAAGCCAGUUGACAAGGUCCUGAAGACACCGCCUGUCCAAUCCCCGGAGACAGUGGCCAAGUUGCAGAACUCUAGAAUAAUCGAACAGCAGAUUGAGCAGUACAAGAAGAAGCGAGAGCAGAUACUGGGGGGCACAGCGGGUAUCCCGAAUGCCCUCAAGUUCGAGGAUGGAACUGUGAGGUUUGUAAAUCCAGUGCAGAGUCUCGCUGAGACAGACGAGAUGAGACGGGAGUCCAGUGACAGCGAGUCCAGGGAGAAGAUCACGUUCAGGACGUACGGUAUCACUGACACAGAGGAGAAUCGUCCGUUGUCGACGAAGGAGUAUCUGGCGAAAUUUGCGAGGCUGAAGCGCAAGUGGGAGGAGGCGAAGGCGAAGAAGGCGGCCCUGCAGGAGCAGCUCAACGCCUCCUACACGGAGUGCAACCUGGAGAAGUUGACUAGGAUUCUGGGGGAGAGGGAGAAGAACCUGCAGAAUUUUCAGGAGUACCUGAGACAGAGGAAGAUCGUAAUAACGAGGCUCAAGGACGAGGACAUAAUAUCGUUGUACGAGGGGAGGAGCACAGCUGAUGCCAAGAAGAAGUUCCCCGAUCUCAUUGACGACCAGAUGCCUGCUGAUGGACUGAUGGAGGUCGACUUGUUCGACUGCGACUACUGCAUCCAGACGUUCUCCUCUCGUGACGCUCUCGAGGAUCAUCUCAAGACACACGACUACAAGAUCAACUACUUCUGCGAGGACUGCGGCGAGGAGUUCUACAGUAAUAAAUCCAAAAGGUCUCACAAUGUCACGUGCAUUAAGAAGCUCAUCUGCAAGUACUGCGACCUGAUGCUGGAGUCGAGGGGUAAGAAGAGGCAGCACGAGCAGAAGCACUGCGACGCCAUCUAUGGACAGCUCUGCGACAUCUGCGGGGAGAAGUUCAAGCACCAGGGGACCCUGGACCAGCACAUCAAGACCCAGCACAUGAGCUGGGAGAAGAUCUUCCCGUGUCCAAAGUGCGAGAAGAAAUUCGCCUUCAAACAGAAGUUGAGCUUUCACCUGAAGUCGGUGCACACGACGAUGAGGGCGUACUUGUGUGAGGAUUGUGGGGCGGACUUCAAGAAUCCAGCGUCGUUGAGACACCACAGGAUCAGGAAGCAUCAGCCCAAUGGCAACAAGAGGGAGUGCCCUGUGUGCCACAAGCUGGUGCCUUUCUACAGUCUGUCGAAGCACAUGUACACGCACAAGGCUUAUACCAUUCAGUGUCCGCAUUGCGAUAAGAUGUUUAAGAACACAUCGACGCUGAAGCAGCACGUGAGGAUCCACGAGGACCAGAGGCAGCACCGCUGCGACACCUGCGGGGUGGGCUUCAACAGGAGGGACGGCCUGCGGCUGCACAUGAGGGUCCACCAGAAGACGGACAGCAGGGCGUUGAAGGAGUGCUCCUGCCAGAUAUGCUCGGAGAAGUUUCCCAAUCACUCGAUGCUGGUGAUACACAGGAACAGGGUGCACAAGGAUGGCAAGCAGUACACCUGCCAGAUUUGCAACAGGUCGAUGCUGUCGACGAGAUCGCUGGACUGGCACAUGUCGCAUAUUCACAAUCAGACGACGCCGGGGAUCUCCAAGGAGGAGGGGGACACGCCUGGUGAGAAGAAGCGAGUGACUUGCAAUCACUGCUUGAAGACUUUUAAGACGGAGAUGAUACUGAGGACGCAUAUCAAGAAUACGCAUAUGGAGAAGAACCCGGUCAAGUGUCUGGAUUGCGAGGAGACUUUCACCUCGGAGGUCAGGCUCAGGCACCACAUGAUGGUGACGCACAACAGGCUGGAGGGCACCCUCACCUGUCCCCACUGUCCGAAGCGUUUUGUCAAUCAACUGAGACUUAAGACGCAUAUGAUAUCGCACUCUGAGGACAGACCAUUCACCUGUGAGAUCUGUGGGUUCAAUCUCAAGACCAAGAUACAACUGAUCAAGCAUCAUCAGAACAGACACAGCGAUGAACGACCUCUGCAAUGCAGGUACUGCCCUUGGAGGUGUAAACAGGUCUCCGCUCUCGUGUGCCAUGAGAGGACUCACACCAAUGAGCGACCCUACUCUUGCAUUGUUUGUAAGCAACGGUUCAAGUAUCUUGGGGAUAAGAACAAGCAUGAGAGGAGGCAUGAGAGCUUGGGAGGGUCUGGCUUCAAGAGGAUUGUCAGCGGGAGGAAUGCGAAGAAGGGUGAGGGCGAGGGCGAGGGGGAGGCCGAGGGGGAGGGUGACACUUCGGAGGAGCAGGAGCAGGAGAUUGAACUGGAGAUGGAUCAGGAAAACUAUGAGAUCGAGGGAGAACUUGGUGAGGAGGAGUUCGAGGAGGGCGAGGAGUUCGACACUGAAGAGCAGAUUGUCAAAUUUGAGGCUCAGGAGAUUGAAGGGGAGUAUGCACAGGAGUACGAGGAGACCUCCAGGGAGGCUUCGGAGGCUGCUGAGGUUAUUAUGAGCAUGGAGGACGCCACUGUGUACACGGAAGAGGUGACGGCUGAGAAUAUUGAGGGGGCUGAGAUGAUUACAGAUGAGAUCAUGACCAGUCAGAUCCUGCAGACUGGGACGGUCGUGCAUAUCCAGCAGCAGGAUGAUGAUGGCAAGAUUCAGGUCAUUCCUGUGAUGCUUUCGUUGCCGGAUCUGUCGGAGGGGGGGACUGAGGUCAAUCUUGCUACUGCGUCUAUCAUGUAUGAUGAUGGGUAGGCAGGAAGUCUCGGGUUGUUGAGGAGUUGGUGAUUGAUUGGUCGUUAAUUCAAUCGAUAACGGGGGGGGGGGAGAAGGCCAAGGCUUCUUGGCAGGGUUGAUAAUCGAGUUUAGUUCAAUAUUUUAUUUUUUGCACAUAUUUGCCUCAUUCGGAAGGAGAAAUAUUGCUUUAUUUGAUGAAUUGAUCUUAUGUUUCCUCAUCUUAUUUCAUGGAGUUCAUUAUGAAAUAAGAUAGUUGUAUCUUUUAUUAGGGUGAUAUUGACAUUAUUUGGUUUGUAAAAGAAGAAAAUUGUUGGGGUAGACUACAAUUGAUUGCUGUCAAAGUACAAUAAGCUUGUAUUUCAGUCAUUCUUUAGGUUUAAAUAUAUUAGAACGUAUGGUAAAUACAUACAGUGACGGGAAUAUUGUUGGAGUGGAUGUAUAUUGAAAAAAUAUGAUGAGGGUAUUCUAUUUUUGUCAAGUAUCGUUUAAUUAUUAAUGUGUACUUUAACACUUUACUACGGUAAUAAAAUAUUUUAAAUAUCGUAA